CAACCAGAAGAAGAGCGAGCAGGAAAACAGGAAAGUUAGCUUUUACACAACUCACGCCGCACUGGAAUAGGGGCAGAACCCUGAACGGUUGCCUUAUGGAUCCUCCUCGACAGCCCAAGAACGCUCAUCUGAACCGAGAGCCAAAGCGCAGCCAGAAUCCGUCAGCCGCUCCCCCUCAGAAAGACGCGUACGCCAGGCUUCUUAGCCAGCACAAUAGCAGCAAGUUUCAUUUGUUCGUAGAACAAUUUGCAAAGAACCCGCCCUUGCAGAGGGAGGGAUGUGGUCCCGGCCCGAUGCUGGAAGCCCAGAGCGACAGGCUGCACAUACCGCCGCGGAAAAGGGACCAAGUGCUUAACGAUGUCUCAGCUUCGUGUGAUUUCUCCCCAUCCUUCAUGAAAAACAAAGACGAGAGCUCAGCAAGCGCCCCGCAAGAGGGUGAAAAGAGGCAAAGCACAUCCGUGCAGCGACACGGGCAGAGAAGGGACACCGCCACCAGUCAGGAUGGAGACAUCGAAUCUGGGGAGGAGCUCGGCUCUUUAAUACCUAAUCAUUCCAAGAGGCAUCAGAGGAAGAACAAGGAGUCCUGUAAAGAGACUGAAGCCACAGCUGGGCAUCUGAAAUCCCCAAAGAAAGUCAAUGCUAGUGUGCAGGAGCAAGUCAAAAUGAAGAUGAAGAAAAAGGUCUCUCCGAAGCAUCCGAAAGAGGAGAACCACAGAGAGGAAAUGUUACAAUCAGCAGUUGAAUCUCAGAUGUCAAAACCCAAAUCCUCACCUGCUCCGAUCUUCAACUCACACGCUGACGCGGCUAAGAACAAAGCCGGCAGGGGAUCGAAGAAACAAGUCUUUGAACCUUACAUGACCUUGGAGGAGGUUUCCCACGGCCUCAAAAGAGGAGAGCUUAUUCAGGGACAACUAAGGAUCAACCCCAAGAAGUACCACGAGGCUUUCAUCCCCUCUCCUGACGACACGUGGGAUAUAUUUUUGGAUGGGAUUGUCGCUCGCAACAGAGGGCUGAACGGAGACAUAGUCGUGGUGCAAAUACUCCCUCAGGAGCAGUGGAAGGUUGUGAAGUCUGAUACUGAUUGUGAAGGUGCCAGCGAGUCGGACACCCAGGCUGAGCUAAGAGCUCAGAAAAAGUCCCAGCGGCCCGACGUCAUGGCGGAGAAGCGGCGUGGAGACCUGAGUGAACUCAUCAGCAAAUGUCAGAAGACCUCCCUCUCCGACCCGGGGGAACGUCUGGAAGGUUGCUCAACAUCCCAGAGCAGCGAGGGAAUUCUCCAGAAGACCGCUAAAGUCGUCUACAUCGUGGAGAGGAAACACUCCCGAGCCGUGACGGGCUUCCUGAAGUUCUUACAGGACAAGCCCUUCGCCAUGUUCUCCCCCGUGGACCACCGGGUUCCCCGGGUGAACGUUCCCCUGCGUGACUGCCCCGCAGACUUCUGCUCCCGGCCCGGGGACUUCCUCAGCACCCUGUUCAUCUGCAGGAUCACAGACUGGCCGGCCGACAGCAACUACGCCGAAGGCCGCCUUGAGAAGAGUCUGGGCCAGGCUGGAGAAAUCGAGCCGGAGACUGAGGGAAUCCUGACCGAGUACGACAUCGAUUGUUCCGACUUCCAAGACGACGUCUUGGACUGCCUUCCCAGGAACCUCCCCUGGACUAUCCCGCCAGAAGAGAUGAACAAGAGGAGAGACCUUCGGAAGGAGUGCAUCUUCACCAUCGACCCGGCGACUGCCAGGGAUCUGGACGACGCCCUGUCCUGUAAACCACUAGCAGAUGGCAACUUUGAGGUGGGCGUGCACAUCGCUGACGUGAGUUACUUUGUGGAGGAGGACAACGCUCUGGACGGGGUGGCCCGCCAACGAGCCACCAGCGUGUACCUGGUUCAGAAGAUGGUUCCCAUGCUGCCCAGGCUGCUGUGUGAGGAGCUGUGCAGCCUGAACCCUCUCACCGACAGACUCACCUUCUCUGUCAUGUGGAAGAUCACUCCUGAGGGGAAGAUCCUGAGCGAGUGGUUCGGCCGCUCGGUCAUCCGCUCCUGCGUGAAGCUGAGUUACGACCACGCCCAGAGCAUGAUCGACCAACCACAGCGGUUAUUCUCCGCCGAGGAGCUGCCGCCCGUGGACCCCGAGCACCCGAUCGACGAGAUCCACCGAGCCGUACUCGACCUCCACUCCAUCGCCAAAAACCUGCGGGCUCAGCGCUUCUCCGGAGGAGCCCUCAGGCUGGACCAGAUUAAACUUUCUUUCAGCCUGGACAAGGAGACGAUGAUGCCUCAAGGCUGCUACAUUUACCAGUACAAAGACAGUAACAAAUUGGUGGAGGAGUUCAUGCUGCUGGCUAACAUUGCCACGGCGCACCAUAUUUAUCGCAAAUUCCCCAAGUUGGCGAUGCUGCGAUGCCACCCUCCCCCCAAGGCCAAGCUGGUGGAGAAGCUGCAGGAGCUGUGCAGCCAGCUGGGCAUCCACGUGGACCUGUCGUCUGCUGGGGCCCUGCAUAAGAGUCUGAACACGGUGCUUGGUGAUGAUGAGUACACCAGCGCUCGGAGAGAGGUCCUGACCCACAUGUGCUCCAGACCCAUGCAGAUGGCCUUGUACUUCUGUUCCGGUGCAGUGAAGGAGGAACAGUUUUUUAAGCACUACGCGCUCAACGUUCCUCUCUACACGCACUUCACCUCGCCCAUCAGGCGCUACGCUGACAUCAUCGUGCACCGGCUGUUGGCGUCUUCACUGAACUGCGGGCCUCAUCUAGGGCUGUCCACGGAGGAGAUAAGGAAACAGGCGUCUCAUUGUAAUGACAAGAAGACAGCGUCCAAGAGAGCCCAUGAACUCAGCACCGACCUCUUCUUUGGGGUGUUUGUGAAGGAGUGUGGCCCGCUGGAGUCGGUCGCCAUGGUGAUGGGGGUGCUGGACCAGUCCUUCGAUGUGCUGGUUCACCAGUACGGGGUGCAGAAGCGCAUCUACUGCAAGUCCGUGGACGGCCUGCUGUCCUUCCAGCACCGGAAGGUGGGGAUGAGGUCGGAGAUCACCCUGGUCUGGGCCCCGGAGGACCUCGAGGACCCCCCGGUGGAGCAGGUCAUCUCCAUCUUCUCCCUGGUGGACGUGCAGCUGAAGGCGGACGCUGCUCCUCUGAAGUACAAGGCCGUGCUCAAGAGGCCCGAGGACGUCCCCUCCUAGAGGACGUCCCCUCCUAGAGGACGUCCCCUCCUAGAGCACGCACACGUGCACAGAAACGGACGUUUGGAGUUGCACUUUUUCUUUUCUUUUUAUUGUUACUUUUCAGAAAUGAAACCCGACUUGACAGGCAGCCCGAGGGCGGGCAGCGGAGCCGCCGCGGCUCUAGCCGCCGCGCUAGCCGCUGCACAGGCGCAGAGAUUCCAGUGAAUGUAGACCUUUCCGUUUACACUUUGCCCCAACACACGUUACAUGACAGGGUUUCAUACACACUUCCUCUCAUUUCUGAAACAUGUCCAGGUUUACAGACGGCCCCCGCCAACCGCUGACGGUGUCCCGUCUGUGCAGGUUGCUGCUUUCUUUCAGAAAUAUGUAGUGUACCGCGUCACGGCUGCCCCUGCAGCGUCCUGCGUACUGACAGCUUGAGUAGUGCAAUAUUUCUGUGAUUGGGUAGGGAGUUCUGGCUCAGGUGUAAAGGUGAAGAACCGAGGCAGCAAUGGCUUUGAUUUUGCUGUUGAUUUAUUGACCCAAUGAGGUCCGUUUUGAUGUGAUAUAAUUGUUCCACACAGUCUGUGCGUGAAAACUGAUUUUUAAACUUUCUUUUUAGCUUAGUAUAGGUUAUAUAUAUAUAUAUAGAUGACCGGCUUCCUCAGAUUGGACUGAGGAGGCGGCCACGUUUCUGUUUUAUUCGCUCCAAAAACUCAAAAUCUUACCAGGAAUAUUUGUCUUAUUUCUAGUUAAAAUGUCUAUCUCAUUACACUUAAAACAAGAGUCAUUACCAGAAAAAUUACUUAUUUGACAAU